UUGACGGAUGACGGGUCAUAAGGGAUCCAUAGAAUUGCUCUCUCUCAGAUUAGUGAGAUAUCCAUUGAAGCGCACUCAAGUACUCAACGUUCUCCAUUGAAGCGCAGUUGGCGCUCUCUAUUGAAUCUACUUUUUGUAUCCCCCAUUGAAGCAACUUCUGAGGACUUAACUAUGAAAUCAGAGCUCUUUUCCCUGGGCACAGGGCUGCCUCCCCUCCUGCCCUGCCUCAGGGACGGGCCUGAAUGUAAUGGGGCACUUUUAAGGAAACCACUUCGCAAAAUGGACUGUGUCCAUCUGUGGCCAUCUAUUCAUACUGCAAUAGAAUAUUUUAAUCAUCAAUCGACGGGGAAGUUCUUUCACCUUACCAAACCUCUAAGGUGUUCAUUUAUGCCCUUAGCCAUCUCAAGCACAGUCAGCAGACUGCAACCUGUAGGAGUAGUCGCUGCUGCGGUAUGUGGGUCCUCUGAUCUGCAUUCUGAACCGGAUAAUCAUCCAAGUUCACAUGGCAAUGAGGUUUGGGGUGAAGUUGGAGGAAUUGCUGGCCGUAAUUCUGAACGUGCAGAGACUUGUAGCGCAGAAACUCUACGGAGGCGGAGAAUAGGCUUAGCAAACAAAGGAAAAGUUCCCUGGAAUAAAGGCAGGAAGCAUAGCCCUGAGACUUGUGCACGGAUUAAGGAAAGAACCCUUGAAGCCUUAAGAGACCCCAAGAUAAGAAAGAAGAUGUCCGAAGCUCCACGCUUGCACAGUGAACAUUCCAAGAGGAAAAUUGGUUCUUCUCUCAAAAAACUGUGGGCGGAGCGUUUGAAAAGAAAACGUGCAAAAGAAAAGUUUUAUACCUCAUGGGCUGAAAGCAUUGCAGAGGCUGCUAGACGGGGAGGAGUUGGUGAAGAACUACUCAAUUGGGAUAGUUAUGAGAGGCUGAAAGUUGAAAUAGCCUUUCGACGACUUCAAUGGGUUGAGGAAAAGGCCAAGGUAAAGGACAUGAAAAGGAUUCGAGCGGAGAAGAAGGUACAGAAAAGAGUGCAAAACGUAACUCGGGUUGCACAAAAGAAGUUGGAGCUCAAACAGAAAGAUGAACUGAGGGCCAAAAAGAAAGCGAUGAGCCGUAGAAAAAGAAGAGAAAAGAAGGAAGAGCUAGGUGCUUCAACGGAGUUAAACACCACAGACAGAUUAGUAAAGAUAUUUGGAAAGAAAUCAACAGAUGGACCUUCCUGCAGUCAGCCUGGAUCAAUGAUAUAUCUUCAGUCAGCACUGGAGAAAUUCGACAUUGAAUCCAUAAAAGCUGAACAGAGGCGUAGCACAGUUUCACUUGCAGAUCAGAUUCAAGCUGCUAAGAGCAGAAGACAGCAGACUGUCACCAAUAGAUCUAAUAUUACAUCAAGUCGGUGAGGGUAAAUUCUUGGCCUUGUGUUGGAGCAAUUAGUGCAUAACGUCACCCUAAUGCCAGGAAAGGUUGGUUCGAUUUUGGUUUGGGUCAGUAUUGGAACAUCCAAUUCCGAGUAUAGUUUAGGUUGGGUCAUUUCGGAUCUGGUAAUUCAGGUCUGUCAGUUUUGCCGUUUAACGAGGAUUCCUCAAAAGGGCAUCGGCUCAUCGCCCAAGAAUUUGCCUUUUUUAAGAGCUUUGGGAAGUCCCUAAUUUGUCCUCUAGUCUUUUGCGACCUGCCUUAAUUUAGACCAUGUUAUCUUGUAAGUUGUAACUAAGCUGCAAUUUAUGUAUAUGUCGUUAGCCAUACAUGUGAUUUUGAACCAAUCCUUACCUUUUAAAUUUGAUUGUAGCAGAUAUAAAGAAAGAAAUGUUUCAGCAAAUUUAUAUGUACGUUGUACGUAUUUGUAAUAUACUUGUUUUACCUGAGAAUGCUUAUUGAAAUAAAGCAUGCAUGUAUGUGAUUAUGGGUUAUGGCUUUGUUCACUGCCCUCGAAAACAAAUUGUUUGAUUUUGUCUUGUCUCUUGGUUGGUAUACUAGUAUACUACCUUCUUACUUGUGAUUUUACCAAAAAAUAAUUGGAUUAUACAAACCUCAUUUUCAAAUUUAAUUGAAACAGCGCUUUUGAAAAAAGACAAACAUUUAAAUAAAUCGGAUGUACAGUUAAAUAUUUGUACAUCCGCUUUAAAGUUACUUUAAUAUGAAUAAAACUUACCCUAUAAUGAAUGAAAGUUACCUAUUAUAUAUAAGUUAUCCUGAUAUGAAUAAAAGUUACCUCGAUGUAUACAAAAGUUUUUGCAAAAAAAAAAAAAAAAAAAAAAAAAAAAAAAAAAAAAA